GUGCACAUUCAAUGAUACCAUGUUUGCAUCUUGGGUUUGCCAUCACCAUGCCCUGGAUACUGGGAUUGGAAAUAUUAUAAUUUUCUAGAAAUCAAGGGCCAAUUCUCAACCUUAUAAAUCUACUUCUAAAAUGAGAUUGAAAGAAAUAAUUUCAUGCUUAUGUGAAUGAUGAAAUAUAAAUUGCACACAUGGCCUGGAAAUUUUGUGAUCACAUCAAGGUGACAAAAAGAUGUCUCUUUUACUGAAUAUUUUCUUAUAUAUGAUCAAUAGCCAAAAGUACUAUUGUACUUCAUUUGUGCUUUCUAUGCAGUGAAAAAUGUCAAUGUAUAGGCAGAAGCCGAUGGCAAAAAAAACUAUUCUGUCAUGUUUUAUCAUAAAAAAAUCCGACAAAUAUGGUCCCAUUUCAGAAGAAAUUCUAGAGCAUUCUGUUGAAGAAACCUCUUCUCAAAACCUCAUGCAAUCAAGGUCAGGUCCACCAGUAGUGUUGGAGCACAAAAAUCAUGACUUACAUAUUUGGUUAUACCCUCUCCUUUUAAAAUGACUCUGGACAUUUAACUCAAAUCUAGUAGAUUGACUCGGAUCAACCCUUUGAAUCAGAUCUUACAAGGAGAGAUGCUCCAGCUCUAUAAAGCACCUCCGCAAUGCCUUGAAAUUUCAAGGAGCUUGAUUAAUGGAGCACCUGGCAUGUUUUUGCUGUCUAAAACCAAAUGCCUAAAACCAAAUUUUGUUAAUUGUCUAAAAUUUUGUUUUUUUUGAUAUAAUAAUAUUUUUGUUUUGAAAUUAUUUAACUGAAUUGCAAACAUAUACUUUAAAUGGAAAAGCUUCAUAUAGGCAAAUAUACAGGCUGUAUGUGUGCUGCCCAUUUAUCCUGUUCGCACGAACAUUUCACCCUGUUCAUCCUUUUCAUCUUAGACAUAAUUUACUUAAAAUUAAUUCUUCUUACAUAAUCAUGAAAAAUGAAUUAGCACAAAUCACAACUUUAGAAAGAAGUUAAUUUCUACAUUUUGAGCAAAUAAUCCACUAUUUUCAAACCAUUAUUAACAAGAAAGUUACUUAAUUAAGCCAUAUUUUUUGUAGGUGCUCAAUGAAGCGCCUAGAAGUUUGGUGGUGGGGUAAUUCCAUGUCAAAUCACCCAGUAAAACUUGGAAAUGUCACCCACUAUCUCAGAUUCUCUUCAUUUUCUGUCCAAAGGUUAAUCACAUGGAGAUAAGGAGAUUUUGAAAAUUUCAGUUCAAUAUCUUCUCCCGUUAAAAAGUUAUAGAUCUUUGAAAAUUGAAUAAAAACCCGCAAAAUUUGCUUUUUCCGCCGUUAUGGAUUUCGCAACUUUUCAAAGUGCCUCACAGAUUCUUCAAUAGCUACCUUUCAACAAACAUUUUGGUAAUAAGAUUUUGUACUAUAGUUAUUUCGGCUAUGGAAAAUCCAAAUUUUUCAUUAGUUUUCCCUCAAAAUUUACCUGGAAAAAGAUAUGACACCUUAUUUGGAACAAUACAAAACAAUUGAUGACGUCACUAAGUAAAAAGUAACAAUUGGUAACUUUUGAAUAUCUUUUGUCUAUUAGGUAGCACCAACUAGAUAUUUGGCAUACAUAUACAGCAUACAAUGCUGUUUAUUAGAAAAGUGUUUAGAUGUUGGUGUCUUGCCUAGAAAUAGAGAACCAGAUGUUUACUACUUUUGAAUUUUCAUUAACGCGAAAUACCAGAAAUAUCAAGUUUGUCACAUAACUACCAUAUGAUAAGCAAGUAAAUCUAGGAGAAUUCUGAAUUUUCUGUUUUACUAUUUGAAUAACAAGUUCUGAAUUUAAUUCCACUAUGAUCAGUUUGAAACAAACAUACACUUAUGUGCCAACAAAAACUCUCAGAUCAAAGCUAUUGUAAUGGGUAGAAAUCAUUUGAAGUAUGUAUCAGGAAAAGUCUUUCCCUCUUUAACUUUUUCAAACUAAUGAGAAUUCUGAUGUUUGUUUAUGAUCAAAGCAAGAAACAAUCAGGAAACAACUCUAUUGUCAAGCCUAUUGAAAAAUGAAGAUCAAUCAUAGCAGCAAUUCUACAGAGAGAAAAGGAGAGGCAAAUAAAUACAUAAAAGGACAAUUUCUAUAGGUCUUUCCUGAAGAGGAAAGGACACCUAUACAAAACAGAGGAAUUGUCUAAAGUGAUGAUGUCAAGUUGCAUCAUAAUUCCCAAUGCUUUUCAAUCCUGUUAGGCAGGUGUGAAUGGUGUGAGUCAGACACAAUCAAUACAGAAUCACAGGAAACAAAGGAGACAACAAUAGAAAGGGAAGUUUAUGGUAUUUUAAGUUCUUUGCAAAUCCUGUGUUAGACUAUCACACCAAGGUUGAAAAACGACAUCAAGUUUGAGUUAAGCAGUUAUCAUUCAUUCUGUUUUAUUGAAAGAACAAGAACAUAGUGCUCUAUAAUCUGACAUGGCCUUCAGUAAACAACUUGCAAAAUGUUCAGUGGGAAAUUUUCUAAAUGAGGGUUGUCAUUUGCUGACAUUUACAAGAGAAAAUGGGUUUAAAAGCCUUACAGAAAUGAGUGAAGAAGAGAGGGAGCUAGUGAGGCUUAGGACUAUGAUGGAUAGUAUUGAUUCACAAUUUCUGAUAUGUUUUCAUCAUGAGCAAUCUAUCUUACAGCAAUACAAGACACUUCAAACCAAGUGUUGUGAUCCCUUACACACGCACAAGAAAGCUGUAAAAGGCUCAUUGAGGCCUAUAUCUCUGAAAGCAUGGAAUGAGUAUAGAGCAGUUGGAAUCGAAACAAUUCCUGGCAAGAAAUUAUGUCCAACAUGCAGACGGAAACCGACAAUGAUCAGAAACAAUGACAGUUAUGAUAAUGAUUAUCAUGACGAUAAUGAUGACACUGAGGAUGUAUCCUUUCAGUCUUUUGAGCGUCUGGAUGGUAGGGAGAAAUUAAACAGAAGUUUGGAUUUACUUGAUGUAAGUCCAAUUAAAGUACACAGCAUUCCAGCACACUCAAGACCCUCAUACGGGAAAAGGAAAUUUAGCGAAGCUGCAAGUAGGCUGGAUACUCAUGGCAAAGAAAUAAAGGAGCAAAUUGCUAAAGCCAUUUGCAUACCCUUAAGUGAGCUAUCAGAAAGUCAAAAAUAUCAGAAUGAAUUGGAAGAGCAGGAAGAAAAGGCUAAGGAUCUUGACAAACUUUUGGAACUUAUGAAAUACAAAAUGAAAGUUUCGACCAGAAGUGAACAAAUUCAGAUUUUAACACUUGCACCACCAUCCUGGUCAAUCAGCAAGACACAGAAAGAGUUUAAUGUUUCUGAAUACAUGGUAAAAAAAGCAAGAUCAGUAUGCUCAGCAAAGGGUGUUCUUGGACUUCCAGAAAGAAAACGUGGGAAAACAUUGCCUGCUGAAACUGCCCAGCUUAUUGAGAAUUUUUACUGUAACGAUGAGAAUAGCAGGCAGAUGCCAGGAAAAAAGGAUUAUGUCAGCAUAGGAAGAAAUGUACAUGUUCAGAAGCGUUUACUCCUGUGUGACUUGAAAGAAAUUUAUGCAUCAUUCAAGAUUUCCAACCCUCACAUAAAAGUUGGCUUUUCAAAGUUUUGUCAGCUUCGACCAAAAUGGUGUAUCUCAGUUGGAUGUUCUGGAAGUCACUCUGUGUGUGUAUGCACCAUUCACCAGAAUGUUGUCUUGAUGCUUAAUGCAAUCAAAAUUAAAAAAAAUAGGAAUGAACUGAUGGAAAUGUUGGUCUGCAGUUUGGAUUCCAAAGAAUGCAUGAUUCAUAGAUGCAAAAACUGUCCUUCUGAAGACAGACUAAAAGAGUUCUUGCAAAAGGAAAUACUUGAGGAUCCUGAUGAGUUUGGUGAUGAUUGCUACCUGGAAAUCAAGUUCCAGCAGUGGACAACUGUAGACAGGUCACAACUUAUAAGCCAAUGCUUACCAGCCACCGACUUCAUUUCUUUACUGGUCAAGAAAUUAAAUGAUCUAACAGGACACUCAUACAUUGCAAAAGCACAAGCUGCUUACCUCAGGCAAAGAAAGGAUGAGCUGAGGGAUAAUGACGCUAUUGUACUCCUUGACUUUGCAGAAAACUAUAAGUUUGUUGUGCAGGAUGAAGUGCAAGGAUUCCAUUGGAAUCAACAGUCAUGCACACUUCAUCCUGUUGCAGCAUAUUAUAAGUCAAGAGGAAAGACCAUUCAGCAAUCUGUUUGCUUCAUCUCAGAUGAUUGCUGCCAUGACACAGCCUUUGUUUACAAAGUAGUAAAGGAUACAAUAUCAUUUACGAAAAAGAACCUGGUAUGCAAUCUAGAGCAUGUUUUAUACUUCAGUGAUGGAUGUGCUGCCCAGUACAAAAACUGCAAAAACUUUCUGAACAUUUCACGGCACAAAGAAGAUUUUGAUGUUUCAUGUACCUGGUCUUUUUUUGCAACAUCACAUGGAAAAUCCCCCUGCGAUGGGAUAGGAGGCACCCUCAAAAGGCUUGUGUCUAGGGCAAGCCUACAAAGACCCUUUCAAGAUCAAAUACUCAGUUCAAAAGAUGUUUUUGAAUACUGUCAAAGAGAGAUUCAAGGGAUUGAAGUAUUUUUCAUUUCAUGUCAUGAAAUGGGGAAUGUUCGCCAUACUCUCGAAAGUAGGUUCCGAAGUGCCAUCACGAUCCCAGGAACAAGAUCUUACCAUCAUUUUCAACCAUUAGAAGGAAGCAUCAUAGGAAUGAAAAGAGUCUCAUCAGAUACUAAUUUUGACCUUCUUUUUGAUGUCAGACUUGGUAGGAUCCAGGAGGAACAAGAGGAAAUAAAAAAUUCAGAUUUUGUGUUGUGCAGAUAUGAUGAGAAUUGCUGGAUUGGUAUUGUUUGUGACAUUGACAAGGAACAUGGAGAUUUUGACAUUAAAUUCAUGCACCCAUCAUACCCAUCUAGAUCAUAUAACUGGCCAUUACGAGAAGACCGAUGUCAUGUCCCAUCAAGUCAUAUUAUUGCACCACUGAAUCCGCCAGUUACUGUUACUGGACGACAGUACAAUAUAAAAGAUGAGGACAUCAGACUAAUUGAAGAGAAACUUAGACAAAAAAUAGUUUGAUAAGAACAGAAAUUUAAGAAUUUUCCUAGAUUUACUUGCUUAUCAUAUGGUAGUUAUGUGACAAACUUGAUAUUUCUGGUAUUUCGCGUUAAUGAAAAUUCAAAAGUAGUAAACAUCUGGUUCUCUAUUUCUAGGCAAGACACCAACAUCUAAACACUUUUCUAAUAAACAGCAUUGUAUGCUGUAUAUGUAUGCCGAAUAUCUAGUUGGUGCUACCUAAUAGACAAAAGAUAUUCAAAAGUUACCAAUUGGUACUUUUUACUUAGUGACGUCAUCAAUUGUUUUGUAUUGUUCCAAAUAAGGUGUCAUAUCUUUUUCCAGGUAAAUUUUGAGGGAAAACUAAUGAAAAAUUUGGAUUUUCCAUAGCUGAAAUAACUAUAGUACAAAAUCUUAUUACCAAAAUGUUUGUUGAAAGGUAGCUAUUGAAGAAUCUGUGAGGCACUUUGAAAAGUUGUGAAAUCCAUAAUGGCGGAAAAAGCAAAUUUUGCGGGUUUUUAUUCAAUUUUCAAAGAUCUAUAACUUUUUAACGGGAGAAGAUAUUGAACUGAAAUUUUCAAAAUCUCCUUAUCUCUAUGUGAUUAACCUUUGGACAGAAAAUGAAGAGAAUCUGAGAUAGUGGGUGACAUUUCCAAGUUUUACUGGGUGAUUUGACAUGGAAUUACCCUUAAGGCUCCCAAAAUUAGGCCUAAAUAAAAAUUCAUAUCUAACAUUUUUGUACUUUAAAAUUAGCCC